GGGUGCAGAAAUUUUUUUUUGGGCCCUCCCCGCCAUGAGCUCCUACGUAGCCAAUUCAUUCUAUAAGCAGAGCCCCAAUAUCCCUGCCUAUAACAUGCAAACUUGUGGGAACUAUGGAUCGGCCUCAGAGGUGCAGGCAUCCAGGUACUGCUACGGUGGAUUGGACUUAAGCAUCACUUUCCCACCGCCUGCGCCUUCCAACUCUCUCCACGGGGUAGACAUGGCUGCCAACCCCCGGGCUCACCCCGACCGCCCCGCCUGCAGCGCCGCGGCCGCUCCGGGACACGCUCUGGGCAGAGAUGAAGCGGCUCCUCUGAACCCCGGGAUGUACAGUCAGAAGGCGGCUCGCCCAGCGCUGGAGGAGCGAGCUAAGAGCAGUGGGGAGAUCAAAGAGGAGCAGGCGCAGACAGGGCAGCCCGCCGGACUGAGCCAGCCACCGGCCCCGCCACAGAUUUACCCGUGGAUGACCAAACUGCACAUGAGCCACGAGACGGACGGCAAGCGGUCCCGAACCAGUUACACGCGCUACCAGACCCUGGAACUGGAAAAAGAAUUCCACUUUAAUCGCUACCUCACUCGCCGCAGGCGCAUAGAGAUCGCCAACAACUUGUGUCUCAACGAGAGACAGAUCAAGAUCUGGUUCCAGAACCGCAGGAUGAAGUGGAAGAAAGAUUCCAAAAUGAAAAGCAAAGAGGCUCUUUAGAGGCAGCAGGGAGGCCCGCAGAUAGCGCCCCAAGCCCGCUUUGGUCCCCGCGCCUUUCCUUUUCGGUUGUCCUCUCUCUAUAUUUUGGGGCAAGGGCGGGGGCUGCAGCACCCGCUCGGGGCCUCACCGACAAAAGCGCUUUCCCUUGGCACUCCGCAUCCCCACCGACCCCAGGUUCCUGCGGGGCUGUCCGCGCGGUGCGGACUCCCCUCAGUUCUGCUCAGCACCGGCCGGGGGGGGGGGGGAGGGGGGCGCCAGGGCAAGCUCCGCAGGGGCUCCCCAGAGGGCUGCGGCAGAAGGGCUGG